AUGCGUACCCCGGUUGUCGCUUGUGCGGUCUUCGCAGCCACCGCUUUCUGCCCCUGGCACGUUCUUGCUGCGCCCGUCUCUUCUACAGGCGUCUUUGAUCCGAGCCAUUACCACACCACGGCCGGCGGGAGCAUGAUCCACAACAACCCCCGCGAGCUCAUGCUAGAGACAAGAGCCCCCCACAAGAACAAGCACGGGAAGAAGACGGCCAUGGAGCCCCGCGAUGACGUCGCUUCGAGUAUCCUGGAAAGAAAGAUUGAGCCCCGCAAGAUCAGCCCACGCCUUUCGAGUAGAGCACUCGACAAGGACACUGCCGGAGGAAACGCGUACAGCGGCUCGGCUGGCGAUGCGUCUGGCGGCUCGGCUGGGCGCGAUACGUUGGGUGUAGACUACACCUACACCCGCGAGAAGCGUACGACGGACGCCGAUACGCUGGGCGGGAACGCCUACACCGGCUCCACGGGGGACGCGAGUGGUGGUGGCGUCAGCAACGUCAGCAACGACGCCGGGAUGCCCACGAUUAUGAACGUAAACUCCAACAACGCAGGGCUCGGCGGCACCUCUGCCUCUGGGUGCUCUUCUGGCGGCCUUGGGAACAACAACGGCGCGGGCGGGAAUGCGUACUCGGGCAGCUCUGGGAACGCGGAGGGCGGGAGUGUUAGCAACGUUGGCGGGAUGUUCAACAUGGAUUCCAACAACGGAGGCGCGGCUGGAUAUUCCGAGUCGGGCUGCGCGACCGGCGGUAACACCGUCUUGAAGUGA